GCCAAAGACGGGGUCGCGUUCUACCCACGCGGAAGCAGAAGAAAAGGCUCGAUUCGCUGUUCUCUGCUAACAUCUCGCCGCGGAGGCCGUCGCCGCUCAAGUGAGGUCCGGAGUGAAGAGGCUUGCGAUCCCUGCUGCGGGGCGCAAGAUGGCUGAUCCAGAGUUGGAAGCUAUCAGGCAGAGGAGGAUGCAGGAGCUAAUGGCACAACGUGGUGGGGCAAAUCAGCAAAAUGCAGGCCAACAAAAAGCUCAGGAAGAUGCAAAACAGGAAGCUGAGGAACGCCGACAGAUGAUGCUUGCCCAGAUAUUAUCUUCUGAAGCCAGAGAAAGGCUCUCCCGCAUAGCUUUGGUCAAACCUGACAAAGCUAGAGGGGUGGAGGAUGUUCUGCUGAGAGCUGCUCAAACUGGUGGAAUAUCUGAAAAGGUAUCUGAAGAAAGGCUCAUCUCACUUCUGGAGCAAAUUAACACCCACACAAGCAAGCAAACCAAAGUUACGAUUCAGAGGCGUCGAAGUGUCCUUGACGACGACGAUUAGAUGUGACCCGCUUCCUGCUAUUGUAUGAUGCGCUGGUGAUGGAUCAAUAGCGGCACUGAACUGUUUGCUUAAAAACGAUGAUCUGGGGCGACCAUCAUCAGCCAUGAAAACUUGGUAGAUUAUUCCAUGGAUCUGUGGUUGUAUAUGAUCCAAGUCUUAUUGGUGUGCCCAUUGAGGACGGUCGAUAUUGGCUGUGUUUAUCCCAGAAACACUUUGUUCUUCUUCCUAAGUUACGGCAUUAAUGGCCUAAUGGGUGUCUGUAUCCGCUCCUA